AUGGGCCUGGAUAAGCCUAUUGCCAAUUCUUAUGUGUAUAAGAGACAGACCCCCACCCCCGCGCCCUCUGCACACCUCCUCCUAGACUGGGUCUAUGGCUACAGAGGGCGCGACUGCCGCAACAACCUGCAGCAGCUGCCCACGGGUGAACUCGUGUACUUCGUGGCGGCGGUGGCGGUGCUCUACAAUGUGGCGGACAACCAACAGCGCCACUACCUCGGCCACACCGACGACAUCAAGUGCCUUGCGGUUCACCCCAACCGGGUUAUCGUCGCAACCGGACAGACGGCUGGCAACAACCGCACCGACACGCGGUCAUGGCGACUCAACGCUCCCAUCGACCUCUCUCACCCGUCUGCUCAGACUUGGAGGGGCGAGAGGGGUCUUAAGCUGCUCGAGAGCAAGUGCUCCAGCGACCCGGUGCUGAGCGUGGAGUGGUCCCCCUUGGACGGCUCGUCGUUCGUGACGUGUGGACGAGGUAACGUGUGCUUCUGGACGCACGAGCGCGGCAUGCUCGUCAAGAGACAGGGAACCUUCGAGACGAGGGGACGUCCUAAGUACGUCACCGCCCUCGCCUUCCUCAACACUGGCGACGUGCUCACUGGCGACUCUAGUGGCAACCUCGUCAUCUGGUUCAGGGGAGGCAACACAGCGGCACACACAGUACACAAGGCACACACAGGCCCUGUGUUCUCCCUGCUGGUGCAGAACAGCGGCGCCGUCGUCAGCGCCGGNGGUCAAGGCAGGCGACCCACACCAGGGCCCCACCUUCCCCGCGCUAAUCUCCCCGUGUCCCCGCAGGUCCCCGAGAAGUACGGGGCCCCGCGUGUGGUGACCAACGGGCGUGGGUCCCGCCUUGUCGUGGGCACAACCCGCAACUGCAUCCUCACGGGGGGCUUCACCCUCCCCCUCACCCCCGUCGUCCAGUUUGGCGGUGUGCAGGAGGCGGUGCAGAGUGGGUGCUUCUCGCCGUGUGGGUCGGUGGUCGUGGUGGGUGGCGUGAGCGGCUACUGGGCGGCGAUGGACGCCACCACACGCCAGCUCAGGAUGGAAACUAGGGACGGCACACAGCCCAUACAGGUGCUGAAGUUCUCCCCCGACGGUCAGUACCUGGCGGUGGGGUCGCGUGACGGCUGCAUCUACGUCUACCAGGUCAUGGACCACCUCACGCGCUUUGCCAGGCUCGGCAAGUGUCAG